AUGGUUGAUUACUCACUUAAUUCGACGCUACUUGCAGGCCGAUAUCCAAAUAUAACCGAGCCGCGUCUCAAGGGAGGGCUCGGCACUGAGACCAACCGGUUCAUCCUGGAGGUUGGUGCAAGUUGCAUGCAUGCUCACCACUUUCAUCACUAUGGGAAAGCCAAUGGGACAGGCAUCUGGCUCAAAGGUGUCGCUUUGAAUGGCAAGCUGAAGCUUGGCUGGCAAUUUUUAUAUUUCCGGUUGGCUGUUGUUUGUCAGCGACCCGUCUCGUGGUCAAGUCUGGUGGUUCGCACAACGUCCGGGGAGGCUGAAAGAAUGUCAAGUUACUGGUACACCAGAUGCAAGCACCUAGUCUGCACAUUCAACCACUGGAGAAUUACCUGGUCUCCAAGAUAG